CACGCAGCCUCAGCCCCUUCCCCGCCCUUUCUCUUCCCGGUUUCACUCUCAGCCUGUGAGUCCCGGCUGGUGGGUGCUUCCGGUAAAAGCCUGGUGCAGGGCAAGCGGGUCUCAGCUCUCGUCAUGUCUUACGGUCCCUUAGAUUUGUACCUGAACCCGGGGCCCUCGGGGCCCCAGCACCGGGACUUCAAUAGCAUCAUCCAGACGUGCAGCGGCAACAUACAGCGGAUCAGCCAAGCCACUGCUCAGAUAAAGAAUUUGAUGAGCCAACUAGGAACUAAGCAGGACUCAAGCAAGCUACAGGAAAAUCUGCAACAAUUACAGCACUCCACAAAUCAGCUCGCAAAGGAAACAAAUGAAUUGCUGAAGGAAUUAGGGUCCUUGCCCCUUCCUUUAUCUACUUCAGAACAGCGCCAGCAGAAGCUUCAGAAGGAACGGCUCAUGAGUGACUUCUCUGCAGCCUUAAACAAUUUCCAGGCUGUGCAGAGAAAGGUAUCUGAAAAGGAAAAAGAGAGCAUUGCCAGAGCAAGAGCUGGAUCUCGUCUUUCUGUGGAAGACAGGCAAAGAGAGGAGCAGCUUGUCUCAUUUGACAGCCAUGAGGACUGGAACCAGAUGCAGAGCCAGGAGGACGAGGCAGCCAUCACUGAACAGGAUCUGGAACUUAUUAAAGAGAGGGAAACAGCGAUUCGACAGCUGGAGGCUGAUAUUUUGGAUGUAAAUCAGAUAUUUAAAGAUUUGGCCAUGAUGAUCCAUGACCAAGGUGACCUGAUUGAUAGCAUAGAAGCCAAUGUGGAAAGCUCAGAGGUGCAUGUUGAAAGAGCCACUGAUCAGUUACAGCAAGCUGCUUACUAUCAGAAAAAGUCUCGCAAGAAGAUGUGUAUCCUGGUGCUUGUCCUGUCAGUGAUUGUUGCAGUCUUGGCAUUUAUUAUCUGGCUAGUUUCUAAAUGAAGUGUACUUGUCUCAGAGCUUUCUCCUGCUGAGCUGUUUUCAAGGGCAAGUGCUUGCUGGAGUCUUUUCAGAACAAACUGAUCACAAGAAGACAGCAUAUACCAGAACGUCCUGUAAUAAUUUAGUUAGAAACUAACUACUAACUAGUUCUUGGUAUUAGUAACAAUAGAGACAGUAUUUAUCAAUUUAUGUAUACAUUUUAUUGAUUUCUCGAAUUAGGAAUUAACUUAUGUGAAUUUUGCUUUCUGUUGUAUUCUGAUUGCCCUUUAUCAUAAGUGUUUACUGAAAAUUCCAUUCUAGAUAUUCUUUUUGAAAGGUGACACUACAGUCUCAUACUCUUGUCUUUUUAUGUGUAUAUAAAAUUUACCUUUUUACUAGCAAAGAUGAAUUUCUCCCUAGCACCUGGCAUAUUGGAGUCUGACAAAAACUGUACAAUAGCCAGCAAUUUUUAUUAUUUGACAUUUUAAUUUGAAAUUCUAAGUAGUCUGUUCUCUGUGUUUGGAAGAUUUUUGGCACUAUAUUUAAUUGGAAAGUAAAAAUUGCACAUGUGAUUCAGAUUAAAUGAGAAGUGUCUAUUUGAGCUGGCUAGUUGCUGGGGUACAUGUUAUAAUUGGAUUUAAAGUUUAUUAUCUGCAAGUGUUAUCCACAGUAGUUCAUCUUCACAUACACACUAAGCCAUCCUGCUCCCUUGUUAAGGAGGUUAAUUUCAUGAACAUUACUAUACUUGAUGGGAUCCCUCUCGCAGCUAUCUGCAUAGAAAGGAAGAGUUAGAUAUAGCAUGCUUUUGGAAAGCAAAUAGGAAUUGUUUGAAAUGACUCAAUCUUUUUGUUGUUGUUCUCUUGUGGUUCUACAUUCCUGGUGAAUGAUGAAUGCUGCUGUCAAAAGGCUGCCCCCUCCCCUGUGAGGGUUGCUGAGCAAUUGAUGGCAGGAAGAUUUUAAAAUCACACUGAAGUUGGGUUUAAAACUUAAGACUGUGAACCUGGUCAUAAAUCAAGGAAAAGGUUCGUUUUUGUAAAUAAUACUGGAGAUGUUAGACUUAUCCUGAUUUAUGAACAAGAGGUUAAUCUUGGCCGGGAGCUGGUGGCUCAUGCCUGUAAUCCUAGCGAUUUAGGAGGCAGAGAUCAGGAGGAUCGCAGUUCGAUACCAGCCUGGGCAAGUAGUUUGCAAGACCCU